CCAAAGACCAAGAGAUCUCGGGAUUACCAACUUGGAUAAGCCACAAACCUCCUCCAUUGUACUAUUAUAAACGGAAUCAAAAUCAAGGGCUUUCAUCAAAAACGGUUCCCCACCAAAGCGGCGAGAGCGAAACUAAAGUGAAAAGCAAACCGACUAAUUGAAGUGUCUGUCUGUGUCUCGCAAACGUGCAAAGGAAACAAACAAAACGGAAUAGCCAACAUAUCACAAAAAGAGCCACCGCACAAAAUAUUUAUAAAUAAAUAAAUACAUACCCACCGACGACAACUACGGCAACAGUAACAAACGGCUAACCAAUAUAAAAGCCCGGCAUUAACAUUUAGUCGUGCCAGUUUGUUUAUUUUUUAUAUACGCAAAGCGCCAUAAAAAAACACAGAUCAACAAUAACAACAGUAAAAACACGGCGAAAUAGAAACAAAGUUGUAGCAAUAAGAAAAUCGGUAUAAGCCGCCACCGAUACGCCGAUCUCCUGCUGUAUUAUAAUCCCCGACGCAGACGGUCGCCGUCAAUAGAAUAUUUCUAAUUAUAUACCCACCACCUGAUUAACAUCAAGAUGAUGAUGAUGACACCUAUGUGGAUAGCGCUGCUCAAAGUCCUGGUGCUACUCAUCUCCUUAUUUACAGCGAUAGUUUAUAUCAAUAUCGAAAUAUUGAAGCGACAAGAGGCCGAGUUGAAGGCAGCGAAAGCAGAGAGAGACUAUAAUGCCCUAUUGGCAUCCACGCAGGGAGCCGGAUGUAAACAUUCCCAGUACGAGGCCAAGGAUUAUGAUGGUGUCAUCAGAGAGCUUUUUACAGUAACCAAUGAAACAGGAGUUGUCCUUUUUAAUACAACGACCGCGGACAGUGCACCCUUCAUGCCCAUACCCACCAAGCGGGGCGAUCCGCAUUUGCCCCAGAAUCAGAAUCAGAAUCAGAGACCGAAUCAAAAUCAAUCCCCGAACCGCCAUUACAAUCAGUAUCACAGCCUGAGCCAGCCAGAUCAAUACUUCAAAGUGCAGCGCUCCCCGGACGGCAAGCUGAAUCUGGUCUUUAACGAUACGUUCGUCUCUUUGCAGGAGUCGAACACCGAGGUGCAAUCGGAUCAGGCUAAUCAUCCCCCUCGCCGCCCAAUGGACUCCUUUGUCUUUCCCGAUUCCCCCCUAGUCGCUAAUCGGUCGCAACAAUCCCUGGUAAAUGGGACAAAUGAGCCCUGCAGCAAUAGCAAGGAUUCGUCCAAGACCUUCUGCACGGAAGUGGACGACUAUCCGGACCUAUCCAAGUUGAAGGCCAAGCUGGACAAGUUCGCCAAGUUCUUUGUGAGCGACUUUCUGCCCACGGACGUGAGCUCCCGCGUGGGGGAUUAUGACAAGGAAGAGAAGUUCCUCUGCAAGAGCACCAGGCGGCUAAUGUAUCCGAAAAAGGGACAAAAGACGGACAAAACCUGGCAGUUGAUCGUGAAUAACGAUGAGUUCAAGCAGGGCAUACAGAUCGAGGAGUGCGACGGAGAUGGAGUACCCUGUGAAUAUGCCAAAAACUUUCCGAAUAAUUAUCAACCGAUCUGCAAGCAGCACUAUAUGCAGCAGACCCUGGCCAGCAUUGAGAAUGAAGGCGAACUGGACGUGGUGCAGCAGACCUUCCUGAUCCCUUCAUGCUGCAAAUGUGCAAUAAGAGUGAUAAACUGAAUUUGCAGAAUGGGGGUUCUCCAGUCGAUGGCUGCGUAAAUGUGAUUUUGAGCAUCAGCAUCAUUCACCCACCACAGGAUGGCAGGCCAAACUGUCCAGGGGUCGUUGAUUUAUUUUAUAAUCUGCACACAAAAUACAUUUGUAAUCUGCUCUCGAAUGCAGAAUCCACUUAGACUAAUGUGCAUAUUAAUUUAGAAUUUUAAAUCGAGUCACUCUGUAACCAUAUUCGUGUCAUAUAUUCGUUUUUGGCUUCCUCGUCUAAAUGUCUAAGCUAGAAAUGCAUGCAACUAGUUUUAGUAAACACAAAAAAAAAACCACAACUAUCUAAAAAAUGUAUGUUAAAGUGAAGAUAAUUAUAAUAAAUGUAUGCAAGUACAUGCCAGCAAAGUAAA